AUGAGCCUAUCAAACACCGAUUUUGAUUCUUUCUUGGCUACCAUGAUGGUUAACCUAUCUUUGGAAAGGGUAUCUGAAGACCCCGUGAAGAUUCUGCGGGUUGCCGUGCAAAAGCGUCAGAAGUUAUAUGAGAAUGCAAAAAAGGAAGUCUGCCUUCGACGCGAACUGCAUCAUGAUUCCAUGGUCCAAAAGUUGCUAAAGGAUUUAAGAAGGCACAUGUCUGAUGAUGAAAUCGUGGCAUCAUUAGAAUUAUUAGAACAAUCUGGAAAAGACUCAAUGUCUACCCAUAAUUUUGGAAACUCGGGGGGCUGCAGCGACAAAAUGGACAUAGGUCCUUCUUACGACAGCGACGACGUUUCGCCAUCAUGCAGCAUGGACGACUGGGAAGCUUUAGGCAUUCGCCAAGACGAUGAAUGUGUUCAGGUAAAUUAAUAUUCAAAUAAAGUGUUGAGAAGCUUUACAAGAGUUAAAGCUGUCGUUCUUCUUAACGUUUAAAUUAUACUCUGUAGAACAGUAUAUUAAAGGGUUAAAGUUUUGUCAAAACGCAUGCUUAUAUAAAUUUUACUAUUUACAUUACAGAAUGAGUAUUCGUACCACUCGGCUUUUUCUGGGCCAUUACCAGCUCCAUCGUCAGAAGCCGUGCCAACAGAAAGUUCAGACACUUCACACUGUCCUACAGACGUUUUCCUUCCAAAACCGGUAGGAAACGAUGGUCGUCAACGUUCCAACAAAAGAAGUCCUUCGAAGUCGAGGAAACGGUCCGCACGAUGGGAUUCAGAGUGCGCUACGGGGUCGAAACAGACCAAAUUUAACUAG